UUCCUCCUCACCCGGUACUGCCUUCUCUCCCCGACCCCAGCAAUGGCGGGCUGGCCGCUGCCGCCGCCCUUGGCGUACGCAUUCUAGCCUACGAGCGCGGGGGCUCUCCUUUGGUGGCUUCAGCCGACGCGUGGUGUUUGCUCCGCGCCUGCUCCUGCUCCAGCUCCAGCCGGGCCUGCCCACCUUCCCUCAUUCAACCCGGCUCCUACCAUUGCCCUUGCCCGCACGCCCCUUGGCCCACCGCCUGGACUCGUCUCGUCCGCGGCCGAUCUCCUGCAUCCGCUCGCCGCGCCGCAACCCGGAGGCCGGAGGAGACUGCGCUCAGUCGAGCACUACCUGGAGCCCAGCAUCCUCGAGACCAUCUCCGGCACGGCGUCCGCCCUCUGCAGCCCCGGUGUCCCUGCGACCGUCGCUGCUGUCCUACUUCGCCACUGGCCACUUUGCCAGGCGACGAGCACCACCACAACACUAGGGUGAAUAACAGCAGGGCGAGAUGCUGACCCCGUGCGAUUGCUUUCUCCAUGUUCCCGCUCAGCCACGGACUCCGUUGCCAGAUCUUACAGCUCCGGCGCCCUGGAGAGAGAAUGUUCUCAACUUCCAGAUUAAAGCAGUCUCUGCACCAGCUAGGACUGCUGAAAUUUGCCCGGAGUUGGUAGUUCCAUGCAUGGUUCCCAAACAUACUGUCAGAGGGAAGAAGAAAGGCAGCUGGGUCCAUUACGGUGGGUCACUUCCGGCAAUGCUGGAGGCACUUGAGCAUGUCCGGGAUGUUGGGGAAGCGCUCUGGGCAUGGAAGGACACCCUGAGCAACAGGGAGAGGACGAUCAUCCUCAAGGAGCAGAAAGACUGGCGACGGGCAGUCGAGAUCUUUGACUGGUUUCGCUGGGAGCAGGGCCAUGAGCUCAAUGUGAUUCACUACAAUGUCAUGCUCUAUACAGUUGGGAAGGCAAGGAGGUGGGACCUCGUUCUGAGGUUGUGGCAUGAGAUGCAUUCCUUUGGUGUGGCGCCGGACAACUCAACAUAUGGUACGCUGAUUAAUGUCUGUUGUCAAGGGGGAAGAGAAUCGGUGGCUUUGCUUUGGCUUGGGGACAUGUGCAAGCGUGGUUUGAUGCCUGAUGAGGUCACUAUGAAUAUUGUGAUGCAGGCGCACAAGAAGGCUGGAGAGUAUGAAACGGCUGGGCUUUUCUUCGAAAGGUGGUCCUCGGAUUCAAUCAGAAGGAUGGAGGGAAGUUCUCACUACAGCUUGUAUACUUACAACACCUUGAUUGAUACUUAUGGAAAGGCUGGUCAUCUUGAGAAAGUAUCAGAUACAUUCAACCAAAUGCUGAGAGAAGGUGUUGCACCAAGCGUUGUUACAUUUAACUCAAUGAUUCACGUUUGGGGCAAGCACCACAGAAUGGAGCAAGUUGCUUCUUUGGUUCGAAUGAUGGAGGAAUUCCAGUGCUUUCCUGACACCAGGACUUACAAUAUACUGAUCGCAUUGUAUAGAGAAAGCAAUGAUAUUGAUAUUGCAGAGUACUACUACUGUAAGAUGAAAGGAGAAAACUUGGUACCAGAUGUUGUGAGCUGCCGCACACUCUUAUACGGAUACUCUAUCAGGGGUAUGGUCACUAAAGCGGAAGCCCUUCUAAAGGAAAUGGAUGAGAGGGGCUUUGUGGUAGAUGAAUACACACAAUCAGCUUUGACAAGGAUGUAUGUAAAUGUUGGGAUGCUUGAGCAAGCUUGGCGUUGGUUUGACAGGUUCCAUCACCAUAUGAAUUCUGAAUGCUUUUCUGCAAAUAUUGAUGCAUUUGGAGAGAAAGGAUACAUAGUUCUUGCAGAGAAGGCUUUUAUAUAUUGCAUAAAGAAGAAGAUGCUCAGUGUUUCUGCGUGCAAUGUUAUGAUCAAAGCAUAUGGGUUGGUAGAGAAGCUUGAUGAGGCAUGUGAGAUAGCUGAUGGCAUGGAGAGGUAUGGCAUUUUGCCUGAUUAUGUUACAUAUGCUUCUCUCAUUCAACUUCUGUCAACUGCUAAACUGCCAAAGAAGGCUAUUUACUACUUGGAAAAAAUGAAAGUUGUGAAAUUGCUGUCAGACUGUAUCCCGUACUCUGUGGUAAUUAGUAGCUUUGCUAAGAUUGGUGAUCUACGAAUGGCUGAAUACCUAUUUAGAGAAAUGGUCAUGUCAGGGGUCCGCCCUGAUGUUUUUGUCUACUCUAUCUUAAUUGAUGCAUACGCUGAAGUUGGAAAUGUCCAACAAGCUUCAGCAUAUUUUGGUUUAAUGAAAAAGGAUGGUUUAUGUGAGAACGUUACGAUCUACAAUUCUUUGAUAAAGCUCUACACAAAAGUAGGGUAUGUGGCAGAGGCCCGAGAAACAUAUAAGUUACUCAAAUCAUUGGAUGCCAAUGCCAUCCUUUAUGCAUCUAAUUGCAUGAUUGAUCUCUAUAGUGAUCAUUGUAUGGUGAAGGAAGCAUGUGAGGUUUUUGAAGGUUUGAAGGUUAGGGGAAUUGCCAAUGAAUUCUCACAUGCAAUGAUGGUGUGUAUGUACAAGAAAGUUGGUCGCUAUGAUGUGGCUCACAGGAUUUGCAAGGAAAUGCAAGCUUUAGGACUUCUAACUCAGUUACUAAGCUACAAUUCUGUAAUCCAAAUGUAUGCAUCUGGUGGAAGAAUGGAGGAGGCUCUUAAAAUAUUCAAGAAGAUGUUGGCAUCGAACACAGCACCAAAUGAUGCAACAUUCCAGGCACUAAAGGUUAUUCUAGUAAGAAGUGGAGUCACGAAAAAUGAGACAAGAAAGUUAGAAUUGUUAAGAAGAAAUAACACUCAUGAUUGCUUGCGUCAGUGGUACAGGGCGCUAUCUUCAGCUGUAAGAUCAAGUGCAAAUUCUUUUCAAACAUAGUAUUAUUGGUCAAUCUGCUACAAGAUACAUCCUUUUGAAAUUAACAAUUGUAGGAGUAGAAAAGGGAGUACAAGAAAGCAAGUAACUUCCGAACUGAUUUCAAAUGGUUGAAAUCUUAGAUGUAGAUAAUCCAUCUACUGAACUGUACACAGAAUGGGGUGAACCAUCUUUGAGAAAAAGAAUGUUGAUAGUUGAUUGGCUGAUGCACGGUGAAUUCAUAGGAAUCAUUUUCACAUGGGUGUGGACCCUGCUGAAAUUUCUGCAGUUUUGGCACACAUUGGCCACCAUUCAGAUUCAGCAACAACCUGAUUUAUGGUGCAAUGGAAUGGAAGUGGGCGCAACAACACCUUGGGGAAUGUAAAUACAAAUACUGGAUGAGCUUGGUGCCAAGCAAUUUUGGACCACUCGGGGACUGACAAAGUGGAAGUUGUUUGCACGAGUGGCAAUUUAGAGAGAUCAGCAGUAUAUAUUAUGGCCAAGAAAUGCAUGUAGGCAAAUGAUACAUCUGAUCAGCUGCCGAUGAACUGGCGAGAGAGAUUUCCAUAAGGUAUCAAGUUCUGUCGUGUGCUUCGCCAUAAGAUAUCAAAAUCCUUGCCGUAAAGGAGCCUCAUUAUGGUGAGGGCUGGUGAUGGAUAAAGGAACUGUAUUUUUUUUUUGUGUCACAUGCUUUGAUCUUAGCAGCAUUUUAUAGAGUGUAAUUUGAGUUUUUUCUCUUGUGAAAAGAGAUGACACAUGCAAUGGAUGGGAACUGGACUAAGGAGCGGGUCCAGACUAGCUGCAGAUCAUUUGGUUGCGCCUUUUACAGAGACCACGGAUUGUGAUAGGGCGCCAAACCCCCAAUGCAGCAUGGGCCCUGCUGAUGCUGAACGCUGAGAUCCUGAAAUUGUAAUCAUGGCCGCCUGCGCUGCUGCACCUUACCGUGUUGCGGCCUUUUCUUGCAAUCUUGCAGACAGAGAGAGUAUCUGUAAAAAAAAAAAAAUCUCUAUACACGUUCCUCUGCUCAAGAGAAAAGGACGGACGCAUGUCCUGUGCUGUCAUUGAGCCAAUGGCCAGUUGGCCUGUUCUUGUUUCCUCUAAUUAGUGCCAGCCACACCAUGGAACUAACGGCCGCUAGAGUACUCCUUUUUCUUCUAUACAACUGCCAUUGCUGGUUCGAUGGAUCAUCAUCUCCUGCCUUGAUGAUUUGCUAAUGACUCUUCACUGAACUGGGCAACUGGACACACGUUUCUGGAGGGGGCCCAGAAGGCAGAAGCUGCAUCCUCUGAUAGCUUGAUGACUGAUGUUGUACGCGCCGAGCCUACCAGCGAGGCUCCACUUGCUGCUGCUUCAGAAAAAGCAGCCGGGAUGCAGAUGAGAGAUCGAAAGCGCAUCAUGGCUAGUCCUGGGCCUCGCGAUCCCGUCAGGCGCAUGCACUGGCUCACCAUCCAUCCCCCUCCCCCACAAUCCGGCUGCCGCAUGCUCGCUACUACGCCUUCUCUGCUGCCCCGCCUGCCGGCUGUCGCUGGCAUGGCAGCGCCAGCUUGCUCUUCUAGCCCACGUCAACCUGCUGAGCCCAGAGCUCCUCCUCCACGGUCCACGCAAACAAACCAUCGCAGGCCGCGGCACGGACAGCACAGGCACAGCCUCACCCGGGGACGCCCACGAGUCUCCAGUCGCUGACAAGACACCCCGCCGCCUCGAUCCCAGCGCUUCCUCCGCAUCCGUGUCGGUGUCGCUCACCCACCCGGACACCCGCGCCCCUCGCCGGCGCCCUCUCGCCGUCUCCGGCUCUCCGGCUCGCGCCCGUUGCCGUGUCCUGCUCUGCCCAAUCCCCUCCUCUGGCCACUGGGCCAGCACUAGCAGUAGCAGCAGCCCAGCCCAGCCCAGCAGAGCAGAGCGCCCCUCGGGCUCGGGGCCCCAUCGGUUUCUGGCGCGGGGGGCACAAGUGUAAAACAGAAGCAAGGUCACCGGCUGCCGCCUGCCGAGACGGCGCCUGGAAGUUACCUUCCUGCCCUCCCCCGCCCGGGGCGCCCUUGUCGCCUUGCGCCGGGGCAGGGAGGUAAAACCAUCGCGCCGCGCUCGCGCGGGAAAUCCGGAGGGGAGGGUGGUACCUGUGGAGGGGUAGUAGUAUCACCCAGCUCUCUGUUUCGUCUCGACACUGCUCUGCCUCUGCCCUUUCCCCCCUUCUCCCCCGCGGGCACGGGGCGGGCCUGUGGCCACCCCUGCGGGGUUAGGGUUUGGGUUCGUGCUCGCCUCGCCUAGCUUCGGGGACGCCAUCGCUUACCGCGGCGUCGUCCGGGAUCGAUCGGACCACGCCCCUGCCGCGGCUCCGCCGAGCCUCGUCGUCGCCGGCCUGCUCGGCUCGAUCGUGCUCUCACCGGACUCCAUCGAUUUGAAGGGUGAGGCCAUGGGGAAUGGAGCGAGCGCUGGUGAUGGUAGGGAAUGGCAGCUUCAGACCCCGGAGGGAUUCGUUGUACAUACUGCUCUCUACUUGGUCUUGGAGAAGAUAACCUGAGGACUCCCUCAGGUCAAGCCCCAGCGCAGCCGACCCCUCUCGCAAGAGGAGUUAUUCGUCUGCACGUGCCCAUCAACUACUCCUGCAACUAUUCUCCACAACACUGAUGAGCUCAUCCGGGUGGUUCUCCAUCAAGUUGAGGUCUAGUGAUAGCUAACUAUAUAUAGUAUGCUACUACCACCCUUAGUUUCUCCUCAUUUCUGCAAAGCUUGACAGCGAGGUUUAUUUUGUUCUGCUCGACCCCCUAAGGUGAGCUACUGUCCCAUGUUUAUGCUGCGUGCUGAAGAUCGUGCCGUGUGCUUUUGGCGUGAGUGUAUCGUAGACUGGAGAAUGGGGGUUGUGCCUUGCUACUGAGCCCCCGUUAGACCAAUUACUAGAAUGGAGACUGGUGGACUGAAUGCUUAUAUAUUACUAAAUUUGUAAUGUAAUGUACUCCUAUACUGAUCCUGAAUCAUCGUGUCA